UUGCUGUGUAACAAAUCAAACGGUAUGUGGAAAAAACGCCUGCUGGAACUGUACAAGGAGCAGUUUAAUGAGGAUCCUCCCGACCACCUGUUCAGCCUCAUCAAACAGUGGAAGGAUGUGGCCGCCAUACAGGAGAGUGCUGUACCCGACAAUGAAAUCAUCACACCUGUCGCACCUGGAGCUUCACAGGAAAUCACAAAACCAGUCAGCCAGACCCCCAAGACAGCUCAAACUCCUAGAGAGACACCCUCUCCUCUAGCUCCUCGCGUAAUAUACACGCCUCCGGAUCCGUUACCUCCCACACAACCGGCUGUCACCGAGUCACGGCAAAGGGCAGAUAACCCCACCGAUGUCAAG